AUGUCUUCCAAAUACGACCCACACAUGUCGUCGUCCAGAAGGUCUCUUGAUGAUUCAGAUCCAAGCUUCGCCCCACACACAAAUGACGCUGCCAUGCUUCGUCCUGUCACAGCAAGCGGAUCCCAUUCCAAUGCCUCGUCAGCUUCGCUCGGAAACCGCGGCGCCCCUAUGCAUGCCAUGAUGGUUCCCGGCGUUAUUGUACCCACCAUGGAACGCCCAGAUCCCACCUCACCCUUCUCGGAUUGGGAAGCCUACAUUGUCAAACAGGCGCAGACCUGGUCCGACAAACGCGCUCAACCAUCUCCGUCAUUCCCGCCACAGAGCAAGAACCACGGGCCACGCAUAGCAUGGGCCGACCAAGUUCGUAAACCUCCUUCUCAAACACAGCCGCUCACCUAUACAAAAGCCCGCGAUCGUUUCGCACCGCCCCCUGUUCCUCAAGACCCAUCUUCUCCUAGUUCACACGGUCUCUUCCACAGACCGUCCCGAUACAAUAUCAAUGUUGAACACAGCACUCCGCCCCCGUCUACCUCAUCCGUGGGUGAUCCAAACAUCUCGUCGCCCAUAAUCACCAGCCCCAUCCCCUUGGCAGCGCAACUGUCUUUGGCAGCUCCCCUACCCGCUCCCGUGCACACUGCAACGUCGGCUGCCGACGCUCCUCAUUCUCGCGCCUUUGCAGAGCCACUCCAAGUGCCCCGGAAUGUCGAGUCCACAGCCUCUUCCAUCCGUAGCCUUUCGUCUCUGCCGCUCUCGCUCUCGAGUGGUGACUUUUCCGCUUCGCUCCUCAUCGACUUUGACAAGCGAGACUCACUCAUUUCCAACUCGUCCAGUCGAGCGCCGGGUCCCUCCGACUUGCUUGCUACCUCGCUAUCCGCCCUUCUCGACUCGCAGAGCCGCGCUCCUCCUUCGAUUGCAAGCACUUACUCGAUGCAAUCGCGUCGCUCCUCGUGGGCCAGUUCAAUCGACUUGGACCCAGCCAUUAUCUGUACCCCUCCCCUAUCCACCGAGGGCUGGCAGGAGCAGCCUCAGCCUGGUCGCCCCGAUUUCCUCGCCGAAUAUGGCCUCGACCACGACACCGAAGAGAGCGACACCGAGUGCAGCCACUAUCCUGACGAACACGAGGCGCUUUCUUCGUUGCCAUCCUUAAGCAUGUCCCCGCCCAAGACACCGCAAGAUCAUGAGCUACCAUCUCAGUCCGUCUUUCAGCGUCUCGAGGCGGAUCUCAUCUCGCUCAGCGGUAAUGAUGACAACAACUCUCAGCGCCUCACGCCCGACGGUCGUCCUCUCCCAUCACUCGAAAUCGCUAGUCUGCCCAGAGAAAAGGAAGAAAUGGUACGCAAGGCACGAGCUCGUAUCCUCAGCCCGACCUCGUUCAAGAAGGCUUUCUCUCUCAAACCUAAAGGCUCCAACCCAGGUUCGGCCUCGUUGGGCUCUCGCUCCAACGACUCGUCGCCCAGCCUUGUCAACAGCAGCUCCGAGGAGGUCGGCAAAAUCAGCGAGACACCUAUCCAGACUCCCACCACAGCGUCUAUGCGACCUGACCUGCCCAGCUUUGUCACCGAGGACAUGACGCAGUGGGCUGCAGGCGUUCCACCUGUGGCACCGCCCGCUUCUGCUGCUCCUCAUGCACCCGCUAUGCAGCUGUCACCAUCCAUCGACUCAUCCGCGCACACCCCAAGCUCCGCCCACAGUUCCGCCGAAACGCCGCUUUCACCUAGCUUUAGCAACUCGGCUGCCUCAUUCGUCUCGCGAUCGUCGCACGAAUGUCCCUCUUCCAUCGGCUCCUUCGGUCAGAGAAAGCAUCGAGUGGGCACUCCUGGCCUCACCAAGAAAUCCGCCGCCGACGCUAGCAUCGCCACACCUACGCUCGACCCUCACCUUGCGCGCGUCCAGACGCGAGCUCGAUCUACUGGCAGCAUCAGCUCGCAAACGCCUUCUGUCACGCUCAGUGCCACCUCGUCCAACCGACGUCCCCGCACUUCGCGCAAGAGCGGAAGAAGUCGUAUCACUGACGGCAUGCCCAGCUUCGCCAACAUAGCAAGCACGUUGGCUGUGCCAGCUUCGCAACAGAGGCGUCUCUCGAAUCGAAGCGUUUCCAGCGAAGGAUCGGUCGACAAUCACAGCAAUGCCUCCAACGCCUCCAGCUACGCCAAGGUUGGUGGCUCGUCGGACGACGGCAUGCCACCGCUCUCUCCCUCGCCCUCGAGCAAUUCCGCGACGCCGGUGUUUAAGAGCGUAUUGCGAAAGCGUGUGCCUUCUGAAGACUUUUCCCUGUUAUCACCCAAGAAGGAGGUCUCGUUCGACCUGCCUAGCCCAGCAGGCUUUGACGCUGUAGAUGAGGCUCGCGGUGAAGAGGAAGAGAUCCUCGAGCACGAGCAGAGGCAGCGCAGUCACCUUAAGCUGCCGCCUAUGAAGCUGCAGCUCAAGCAAAGUGCUGCCACUACGGACGAUGCAUUGGCUGCUGUUCCGGAAUCGUCCAAGCGCGUGACUCUGGAUGAUUUCCACAUUAUUCACUUCCUGUCCACCUUCGGUCGCGAUCUCAAGAUUGUCGAGUCGCUAGAAGUGCUCGACAACAUGCAUGCAGAUUCGGACGACUGGCCUAAGCGCCAAGAUUGGGACUCGCUGCCUGGCUACCUGGUCGCCUACGUAACCACCUUGCUCUCGCGCUUUGCUGACGACAGCGCUACGCUCGUCUAUUCGGAUGAGCGUGCUCCCAUCUCUAAAGCCAACAGGACAGUAUCGGCUCCCUUGCUCAGCAGCCACCCCUGGUACACUUCCACCGUGCGCUCGAUCCUGCGCAUAGCCAGCUGGGAGCAGCCGCUCGUAUCUGCGAGUGUCUCGUCGUUCUAUGCCCUGAGUAUAGUCAAGGGCAAGCUCGCUGCUGUCGUUCUGCUUGCCUGCUUGGCGUUCCUGGUUACUACCCAGGCGGCUCAGAGUGACUCUUGUUCGAACGACGCGGAAGAGCUCAGCGAAGCGUACAGCAAGAUCGCCUCGGUUCUGUUCGGCUCUGCAAGCACGCACGAGCGUAUGCGCAAUCUGGUUCUGUGGCGAUCGCCCAAAGCUUCACUUCGGUUGACUGGCCUGCUGUUGGCUCUUGCUGCUGGUGCAACCAGAUUCGGCAGCGGACUGAUCAUGUCGUUGCCGGGACUGCUGAUCGGUCUGGCGUUGUUUGUCUGGCUGCCCGCUAUCGUACGCCAGCCCAAGUGGGCGCCGACUUGGCUCAAGCAGGGCAACCCUUUGGACGUGCUGCUGUACGAUGUUCCUACGAAUGCUCAACAUGCGAUCCUCACGUUGCGACGCCGAGCUGCCAGUGGUGAACAGCUUAUCCGGCGUCCGGCCUCGGAAGAUAAGCUUGCAAGUCUUUCAACCACGUCGUUUGACCACCGCGUAUCCGCACAGGAACUGCAGCACGUCAGCGACGUGAUCGAUGGCGCCUACUUUGGCGUCCACGACAACGAAGCUGGUCAUUUGAUUGUGCUUGCUUCGCGCAUCAUCUUCCGAACGCUCGCCAGCAAGUCGGACGAGCCGAUCAGCUUUACCAAGGAGCUCGCUAGCGCAAGCACGGGCAACGGAUGCAAGAUCGCCUUUGACGCACGUCUUGAAAAAGUGGUCUGUCUGCAAAAGACGCAGCGUGGUUUGGAGGUGAGACUCAAGAAUGGCCAAAAGGUCCAGUUUGACCAGAUGGAAGGUAGAGACGAGGCGUUUGCUAGGAUCGUCGCUCUCGCUCCACAGAAGUGGCAUUGA